AUGGCGACCGCAGAGACGAUGUCCGUAGCUAUGUCUCUCAUCGUGCUCGCCGCGAUGUUCUCCACCCUUCCCGCCGCCCAUGUCGACGCCGGCUUCAUCUCCCGCACAUGCAAGAAGACCAAAAACGCCGCCAUGUGUGUGGCCGUGCUGCGCGACGACCCAGAGAGCGCCAAGGUCACCACCGUGCAUGACCUCGCCAGCAUCGCGCUGCAAAUCGCCAUCGCCAUCGCCGACCACAAUGGCGCGGUCAUCGGCGACCUGGCCAAAAAGAGCCAGGGUACUCCCCAGGGCGACGCGCUGAAUGCCUGCCUCGGGGCCUAUGUCGAUGCUUCCAUGGACCUCGACAUCGAUGGCCGCUCCGGCUUCGACGGCGGGGACUACGCUGGCACGUCGAAGCUCUUGUCGGGCGCAAAGGGCGCCGGCGAUGCGUGCGAGAACGCGUUCAAAGGGAUCGGCAAAAAGUCCCCCCUAACCACCAUUGAUAUCAUGAUGACAGAGCGCUGCAGUGUUGCCGCCGACCUCGUUGACCUGCUUUUCCACAAGUGA